UGUCCUGGGCUCGGAGUGCCUCGUGCGACGGCUAGUGCCUCCCUCGGGUGUCUGCACCCUCGUUGGCUGCCCGCGGCCGCCGGCGAAGUUCACCUGUAGCCCGGAGGCGCCCCCGGUCCAUGGAGAAGGGCCCGGUGCGUGCGCUGGCGGAGACGCCGCGGGGCGCCCGGUGCAGCAAUGGGUUCCCCGAGCGGGAGCCGCCGCGGCCCGGACCCAGCCGGCCGGCGGAGAAGCCCCCGCGGCCCGAGGCCAGAGGCGCGCCGGCUGCGGACGGCUGGAAGGGCGAGCGGCCGCGCAGCGAGGAGGAUAAUGAGCUGAACCUCCCCAACCUGGCGGCCGCCUACGCGUCCAUCCUGCGCUCGCUGGGCGAGGACCCGCAGCGCCAGGGGCUGCUCAAGACGCCCUGGAGGGCGGCCACGGCCAUGCAGUUCUUCACCAAGGGCUACCAGGAGACCAUCUCGGAUGUCCUCAACGAUGCUAUCUUUGAUGAAGAUCACGACGAGAUGGUGAUUGUGAAGGACAUAGACAUGUUUUCCAUGUGUGAGCAUCACCUGGUCCCAUUUGUGGGAAAGGUGCAUAUCGGUUAUCUUCCUAACAAGCAAGUCCUUGGCCUCAGCAAACUUGCCAGGAUUGUAGAAAUCUACAGUAGAAGACUACAAGUUCAAGAGCGCCUUACGAAGCAAAUCGCCGUGGCCAUCACGGAAGCCUUGCACCCUGCUGGAGUUGGGGUGGUGGUUGAAGCAACAAAGUCAAAUAAAAUAAUUAAUAAAGGGGUGAGUCCUCUACUUUCUUCCUGCCACCUUUUGCCGGCAACACUAGUGAGAACAGUGAUGGAAAUUACGUGCACAACACCAUUGCCACUUGGCUAACUGGAGGCUGCUGGGAAAGAGGAGAAUUUGCCUGUUUCCUGAAUAGUGUGGCCCCUUGACCCAAGCUCAGGAGGGCUGCAGAGGACAGAACUCUGCCUGUUCUGCUGGUUUUUCCUCUUCUGAUAAAACCGGGGUCACAGUAAGCCUGUGUCGUGUGCAUCGCUGCUCUGUGAGUUCAGAGUGCAACUGUGAUCAUGUCUAUUGAAACACCAGGGACAUUUUCCCUGUGUAUAUUUUUAUUUUUUAGCCCUCCAGGUGUUGUGUUCGUCACCAGGGGAAGGUGGUGGAAUAUCCAUGGUUUUGAUUUACUGUGAGUUCAAAAAGGCACAUGUCUACCUUCUUUCUUUUUCAAUUCAAGCACAGGGUCUUAGUUCCUGGAGUUGUUUAUGCGUGGCUUCUCAUGUCAACAUACAGGGAUUUAGACAUUGAACUCUCUGUGCCUUGGAGGAGAAUAUCACACCAUGUAAAGUGUGCACGCUUAGGCCUUUUAUUUGAUAAGGCUAAGUCUUGACCCUGCAAAUAACUGGCCUUCACGUUUUCACCUUUAGGGGUUCCUUGCGAGCUUACUUUGUGUGUCCCUCGUAGGUGCCUUAAAACAUUUUACUUUUGAUCUUAUGAAAUAUUUUCUAAGAACUUCCCAACGCUUGAGGCUGCCGUCAGGGUCCGUGUGCAGAAGCUGACGUGGGCUCCGGGCAUCAGGAUGUGUGCCCACUGCUCUCGCAUUGCACCACUCCCGGAAGCGCCUGGCCUUGAGUUCGCCUGGGGUCCACAUGGGUCUUGUCUUGGGUGUAACUCAGGGCGGUGAUGUAGGAUUGUAGUCCUGUGAGUCAUUGUCUUGCUCAUAGAUUUCCUCUCCUGGGGCAGCAUGGGCCAAAUGAAACCAUAGAACCCCAGCCUCCCCGCAAACACAGGACCUCAAACACACACAGCCCCCCAGGAGAUUGAUACAUGCUCUUCAAAUUGAUCCCAUUUCCUUUAGAUGAAUUAACUGCCUUGCUGGUUUUCACUUGGUGUCCUGUCUGCCAAUGUAAUGCUUUUUAGCGCAUCAUGGGAUGAGAUAGCAGAGGUUUUAUUUUAUUUUAUUUUAUUUUAUUUUACAUUUUCCCCUACUUCCCGCAUUUCCUAGAUUUUUCUGUAUUUGGAGUUUCUGUGGUACAGUGGUGAUUUUUGAAUUCCUUUAAAUUUCAAAGCUGGUGUAAACAUCAGCCCGCUUAAUGUUAAGACAUUUAUAGGGAGAGCUCUAAGCACUCAACUUGUGUUCGGUGUGUUCAAGUCAAAACAAGUGUAACUUGGAGGAACCAAAGACAUUGUUAACUAUGAAUUCGUCUUUCUGAGGCCAUGUGUAUCCUUUUUCAUGACUGUCCUAAUGUUCCCUUGUAAUGUUCGUAUAAAGGUGUGAUGUAGCCACAGGCUCUUGUGUUGUUGGUCAGUGUCAUGUCUGUUCCACUGUCCUCUGUCCUUCAAAAUGACAUUUUCAUAUCCAUGACAUUGAGUCCAUUUGGGGGAUUUUUUAAAGAAUUUAAAUAUACUGUUCAAUGAAAUUGUUAGCAUUUCCUGUAUGUGUGUGUGUUGGUGUGUGUAUGUUCCUGAAGUGGCUCUGUUUAAAUUAUUAAAUUGUUAUAACUUUG